GCUCGGCUGGCCGUGCCUGGCGGCUCCCGGCGUGCCCCGCGGUUGUUGCAGUGUCACGGCCGGCCCGGCGCGCCCGGCCAUGAAGCAGGAGGGAGCGUCCCGCCGCCGCGGCGACAAGGCCAAAGCCCCCCCCGAUGGGCCACCGCCUGCCCCCCCGGACGUCGAGAUGCAAGAGGAGACGGCGACGGCGGCGGCCGAGGGGACCGGGGAGCGGCAGCCGCAGCGGGAGCUUGACGCCAUCACGUUGGAGGAUAUCAAGGAGCACGUGAAGCAGCUGGAAAAGGCCGUGUCGGGGAAGGAGCCACGCUAUGUCCUGCGGGCCCUGCGGGCACUGCCCUCCACCUCCCGCAGACUCAACUCCAACGUUCUCCACAAAGCCAUCACGGGCUUCUUCACCUCCAACAGCACCACCCGGGAUUUCCUCCUCGGCUUCCUGGAGGAGUCCAUGGACACAGAAGCAGAGCUGCAGUUCCGCCCACGGACGGGGAAGGCGGCUUCAGCCCCACUCCUGCCAGAAGUGGAGACCUACCUCCAGCUCCUGCUGGUCAUCCACCUGAUGAACAGCAAGCGGUACCCAGAGGCUCAGAAAGUGUCCGAUGAGCUGAUGCAGAAGAUCAGUUCCCAAAACCGCCGGGCCCUUGACCUGGUGGUGGCAAAAUGUUAUUAUUACCACUCCCGGAUCUAUGAAUUCCUGAACAAACUCGACGUGGUCAGGAGCUUCCUGCACGCCCGGUUACGGACGGCCACGCUGCGCCACGAUGCUGAUGGUCAGGCCACCCUCCUGAACCUGCUGCUGAGGAACUAUCUCCACUACAACCUCUACGACCAAGCAGAAAAACUCGUUUCCAAGUCGGUGUUUCCUGAACAGGCCAACAACAACGAGUGGGCUCGGUACCUCUACUACACAGGGAGGAUCAAGGCCAUCCAGCUGGAGUACUCGGAGGCGCGCAGGACCAUGACCAACGCCCUGCGGAAGGCACCGCAGCACACGGCCGUGGGCUUCAAGCAGACGGUGCACAAGCUGCUGAUCGUGGUGGAGCUGCUGCUGGGGGAGAUCCCGGACAGGCUCCAGUUCCGACAGCCGUCCCUCAAGCGCUCGCUUAUGCCCUAUUUCCUCCUGACUCAGGCCGUCAGGACAGGGAACCUGGCCAAGUUCAACCAAGUCCUUGAUCAGUUUGGGGAUAAGUUUCAGGCUGAUGGCACCUACACCCUGAUCAUCCGGCUGAGACACAAUGUCAUCAAGACAGGUGUCAGGAUGAUCAGCCUCUCCUACUCCCGCAUCUCCCUGGCUGACAUUGCCCAGAAACUGCAGCUGGACAGUCCAGAGGAUGCAGAGUUCAUUGUCGCCAAGGCCAUCCGGGACGGUGUCAUUGAGGCCAGCAUCAACCACGAGAAGGGCUACGUCCAGUCCAAGGAGAUGAUUGACAUCUACUCCACCCGUGAGCCCCAGCUGGCCUUCCACCAGCGCAUCUCCUUCUGCCUCGACAUCCACAACAUGUCUGUCAAGGCCAUGAGAUUCCCUCCCAAAUCUUACAACAAGGACUUGGAAUCUGCAGAGGAGCGCCGGGAGCGUGAGCAGCAGGACCUGGAGUUUGCCAAGGAGAUGGCAGAGGACGAUGACGACGGUUUCCCAUGACCCUUGGACCCAGCUGUAUUUUUUUAUUUGUCCCUAGGGAAGAUGCUGUCUGAGCGUAGCCCCCUGCAGCCCUCUCCCCCUCUGCCUUUCUUUUUUAAAUACCUGCAUGUCUGUGCUGUGGGAGGGGACAGGGGGGUGCCCUGGGCCCCUGUUCCCCCUUCCCCAAGAACCAAACAUUCUUUUAAGGUCACUGGUGGUGAUGGUCGUGGCUGAGCCCGGCAGAGGCGCAGGCCAGGAAUUGGGAGCUCUGGGGGAUGUGGGGCCAGGGCAGGUGGGGGGCAGAAGCCCGGGACCGCGGGUGCCCCCAGCUCUCACAACAAUAAUGGGGUCAAACUUUGUUAAGCUUCAAUUAUGACUUUUAAAAUAAAAGUUAGAAAAACACCA